GACAGUUGUUGAGAUGCAGCGGCCCAGUAUGGUGAGGCCCAUUAGUCCCAACAAAAAAUAGUUUGAGAAAAUACUUCUGUUGUAUAUUUCCAACCCUGAUACCAAUAGUCGCGGUCCCUCUUCUAUUUCUCUGUACUCCGUCGUCCGCCGCCUCACUCCCCCGUCCUCCGCCUUCCCUGACAAUCCCACGCUUCCCGACCUCGUUGUCUGAAGAAGAAUAGAGCUCUUUAGUUCAACCUUUUCCUUUCUGUUGACCUAAUUUCUUCACCGGCAUUCCGCAUUAGAGGGCGUCGUGCCGUCGUCCAACACCGUACUCGUCGACAUCUACCAUUUUUGGACUUUGAGAAAUAAUGUAUAUGGGUUAUAAAGAUAGGGCAUGACAAAUGCUUACCGCUCCACCGUUUAUAAGGCUUUAAAUUUUGCUGCAGUAACUUUACGACAGUCUCCAAGUUCUCGUUGCACUUUGCAAUACCGCCCCAAGUGCUUUUUCAGACAAAUUCACAUGGCAACUAGUGACAAAAUUGGCUCAAGGGGUGCGCUAAUUGUUCUAGAAGGUCUAGAUCGUUGUGGAAAGACCUCCCAGUGUGGAAGGUUGCACUCUUACUUAGAAGAGUUAGGGCACUCCAUUGAACUAUGGAGAUAUCCUGAUAGAAAUACAGGUGUCGGGAAAAUGAUCUCUUCUUAUCUAGCCAACCAAUCGAAUUUAGAUGAUCAUGCAAUUCAUCUUCUCUUUAGUGCAAAUCGUUGGGAGACGAGAUCGCUGAUGGAAUCUAAGCUGAGGAGUGGAACCACACUUAUUGUCGACCGUUAUUCUUUUUCUGGGGUUGCUUUCUCAUCUGCAAAGGGACUUGAUAUGGAGUGGUGCAAGGCUCCAGAGGCAGGAUUGCUAGCUCCAGAUGUAGUUAUCUACCUAGACAUAUCCCCUGAGAAGGCUACCGAAAGAGGAGGUUAUGGGGGUGAGCGGUAUGAGAAGCUCGAGUUUCAGAAAAAAGUUGCUCAAUCGUAUAUGACACUUCAGGACUCAACAUGGAAGAUUGUGGAUGCAACCCUCCCCAUUGAAGAUGUCGAAGAACAACUGAGACAAAUAGUUGUAGAGUGCGUGAUGACGUGUCAGAAAGGGAAGCCUUUUGCACACUUGUGGCAGAAUUAGUUAUCUCUUUUCACGUUGAUAGCAUUAAUUAGAAUUGCAGCACGCUGAAAAUAUUCUGAAUGAUAACUGGGAGUUUGGUGGUGUUUUGUUUUUUUUUUUUUUUANUGCCCUUAUUUGCAUGAAACAUGAUUCAGGCUAGAAGCUACUAUUAUGUUAUGUGCAGAGUAAUUUAUUUU